AUGGUUUCAAAAUUACAAAGAAUGAGAGACGAGUACGAGGAUGGUGACUACCUGACAGAAGAUGAUUACGCUUGGCUCGAGGAUAAAGGUAUCGACAUCGAUGAUCUCUACGAUGAAAAGUACGACUAUCUCAUCACUGGAAAGAAACCAAAUGGUAAAAAAGUAGAUGUAUCCUCUGAUGAAGAGGAAGAAGAUGAAGAAGAAGAUGAAGAAGAAGAUGAUGAAGAGGAAGAUGAAGAGGAAAAGAAAGAAGAGAAACCAGAGUUACCAGCAACAUUCAAAGGUCUCUCCUACCGUGAACUACAAGCCAUAUGCAAGCAACAUGGUAUCAAAGCAAACGAUCCCAAAGAUACAUUAAUCUCAAAUCUUGAAAAACUAAAGAUCUAA